UUUUGAAAACUGAUUAUUUUCAUUGGUGGUUUCUCUACAAAACUGACUCAUACAUUUCACUUACUUCAAAAACGAUGGAGAAAUGAAAGUUUCAGAGGUAUAACAUUGGACAUACCACUCUGUAAAUGGAGGGUCACUUGAAAUUAUACAUUACAUUUAAGUAUAAUUACAUCAUAUAUCACAGUAUUAAGAGGGAGUGUCUGAUGAGUCCACUUAAGAAAAUUACAUAAAUAAUUUUUAACACUUGGUAUGGAACCAAUCUCGACUAAGAUGACCAUGAACGGAACGAAGCUGAACGUGAAUGGAAAUGUUGGAAAAAGAACGAAUGGGACGGAACGAUCUAGCUGAAGGUUCUCGAUCUAGAAUGGAACAGAACGAUUUAAAAAAAGUCAGGGACGUGCCCAGCCCUUGUAUAGGAUGCAAACGAGGAUUUUACUAAAAGAUCCAUAUUUUAACGAUUUUACAUUACGAUUGUUCAGUAAGAAAAAUAACGAAAUAGAUGUAAAAAUUAACGAUAAUUUUGAGAACGAAUGAAAUCGAUUUUUAUUGAACGAUUGAAAAAAAACGAACAAAAUGGGUGGUUCACGAACGAUGAACGAACAAAAUAAAAAAAUGAACACUCCCAUCUCUACCUCUCUAGCUCCCUAUUCGUGGAAAACAUGAUGAGAAAGCUCUUCUGAGUAAACAGUAAACAGUUUUUAGAAAUUAUGUUUCUCACAAGAACAGCUUUUUUAUCCGUUGAACUUCAUUCAGCUAAAUCCGCUAAAUCCGCUAGUGGUAGUGCAGGGUUAGAGGCAAAAUGUAAAAUUUCAUCAUCCUCUGCAGUAAACAAGAACAACGCCGGAUGUUGUACCUGGAUAGGGUUGAACAAAUUGACCUUUUCGAACGGUCAACUCGCAUUUAAGGGAAAAUCCUACCUGGACCUGCUCAGAUCAUAUUUUGUUCUUCGAAUGUGCUGCAUUGAUCUAUUUGCAAAUAAUGCAUACAAGGUGUUUACAACUCUUCAGCGCUGCCUGGGAUCUACCCUCUUCACCUUUAUUUUUAAACCAACUGUCUACAGAAACUUUAUUGCUGGUAGUAGUAAGAAUGAGAUAUUAAGUACAGCUGCCAGUUUAUCCAAGUCUGGUUUGAUGCCCCUUAUUUCUCCUAUGCUAGAGGAUGGGCCUGAAAUUGGUGGAUUUUCAGAGCAAAAAUACAACAGAAAUUUAAACAUUAUUAGAGAAAGUCUAGAUAUCUGCAGUAGUCUAGAGAGCCCAGGUGGACCUAAAUGUUUUGCGAUAAAACUCAGCGCCAUUAUUCCUGCUCAACUCCUGAAGGAUUUGAGUUUAGCACUUGGAGCUGAUGAGAAGAUAUCGGCUGAUCAAGUUUUAGAGAUCAGCGCUGCUCUUAGAACUGGCAAGGUGAAUAUAAGCAGUCUUAAACUCACACCUCAGGGUUUAGAGAGACUAAGGAACAGCAGAGAGAACAUUAUGCUGAUAGGUUCUGAGUGUGAAUCUAAGAAUGUGAGUGUAUACAUAGAUGCAGAAUAUACAGUUUACCAACCUGGAGUUAGACUGAUUGUCCUAGCGCUUAUGCACAUAUUCAAUAGAGAUCACCAUACAGUGUGGAACACUUACCAAUGCUAUCUCAAGAAAACAGAACAACAAAUUUAUGAUGAUACUGCUCUCAUAACCUCAUUGGGUGCAAGGUGGGCUGGAAAAAUGGUUCGAGGAGCUUACAUGGAAUUUGAAAGAACAAAUGCUUUGGUUUACAGUGUUGUGGACAGUUUUAAAAUUACAAUUCCUUGA